AUGUCAUACAGCAGAAUAGGAGUCGUGACCGGCGCGAACAAGGGCAUUGGACGCGCAAUCGUCCAGCAGCUAGCCCUCCAAUAUCCCAAGUCGCCGCUUAACAGCGGACCCUUUUUGAUUUACCUGACAGCUCGUGAUCAAGGCAGGGGAGAAGCUGCCGUCAAGGACCUCGAGCAAGAUGCGCAGCUCAAGGAGGCAAAGGCAUUGAAGGCCGACGGAGGGCUAUCGCAGAUUGAAUUCCACUUGCUUGAUAUCACGAGCAGUAGCAGCAUCAAAACGCUCGCAGACCACUUGAAGCAGGCGCACGGAGAUGGCAUUGACUUUGUCAUCAACAACGCGGGAAUUGCCAUGGAUGGCUUUAACGCCGAUAUUGUCAAGACAACCCUCGACUGCAACUACUACAAGACGCUCGAGGCAUGCCACGCUUUCCUUCCCCUCCUGAAGCCUACGGGCCGCAUCGUAAACCUCGGCAGCAUGGCUGGUAAACUCAACAAGUACUCCGAAGAAGUCCGUAACCGCUUCCUCGCCUCCAAGACCGAGGAAGAUGUCACAAAGAUCAUGAAGGAGUUCGUUUCUGCUGUGGAGGCUGGAAAAGAGAAGGACGCUGGAUUUCCUAGUGCAGGUUAUGCUGUGAGCAAGGCGGGAAUAAUUGGAGGCACACGAGCGCUGGCCAGACAGGAGAAGGAGAAGGGAAGCAAAGUGUUGAUCAACGUCUGCUGUCCUGGCUACGUCAAUACCGAUAUGACGAAAGGCAACGGAACACGAACUGUAGAAGAAGGAGCUCAAACGCCGGUGCUGCUUGCAAUCCAUGACAUUCAGAACAAGACGGGUAGCUUCUGGCAGUACGAGAAGGAGAUCGACUGGGUUGGAUAG